AUGGCCAGGGGCGACCGGGCGAGGGCUCCACGGAAUCGCGGCCACGGCGCGCGCGCGCGGGUGCUGGGCGCGGCCGGUGGCGAGCUGACACGCGGUACGGGCGGCGGCGGGGGGCCGGCCGGGGUAGCUAGUUCUACGGUGAUGAGGUCCAUGGAGAGCACGGACUCGUCGUCCGGCGAGUUGCCACCGCAGAAGCAGCCGAGCUCGGCGCCGGAUCUCCCGCCGGGGUUCCGGUUCCACCCGACGGACGAGGAGCUGGUCGUCCACUACCUCAAGAAGAAGGCCGCGUCCGUGCCGCUCCCCGUCGCCAUCAUCGCCGAGGUUGACCUUUACAAGUUCGAUCCGUGGGAGCUACCUGAUAAGGCGACCUUCGGGGAGCAGGAGUGGUACUUCUUCAGCCCGAGGGACCGCAAGUACCCCAACGGAACGCGGCCGAACAGGGCGGCAACGUCCGGCUACUGGAAGGCGACUGGCACAGACAAGCCCAUCAUGGCGUCCGGUGGCAACCGCGAGAAGGUCGGCGUUAAGAAGGCGCUCGUGUUCUACUGCGGGAAGCCACCAAAGGGCCUCAAGACCAACUGGAUCAUGCACGAGUACCGCCUCGCGGAUGCGGCGAGCUCAACCAGCAGCCGGCCGCCGCCGCCUUGCAACGUCGUCGUCGGAGGCAAGGCCACAUCGUCUCUCAGGCUCGACGACUGGGUGUUAUGCCGCAUCUACAAGAAGACCAACAAGCUUGGAGCCGGCGAGAGGAGCAUGGAGUGCGAGGACUCCGUGGAGUACGCGGUGGCAGCCUACCCGACGCAUGCCGUGGCUGCCAUGGCCGCCGUCGCAGGCGGAGGAAGGGCGGCUCAUCAUAACGGCAAUAACUACACUUCGCUGAUCCACCACCAUCACGAGGACAACUUCCUGGACGGAUUCAUCACAGCAGAGGACACAGGCCUCUCAGCGGGCGCCAGCUCCCUGAGCCAGCUAGCCGCGGCGACGAGGGCAGCUGCUCCAGCGGACACCAAGCAGCUCCUCGUCCCGUCGUCCUCCACCACCCCAUUCAACUGGCUCGACGCCUCGGCACUCGCAAUUCUUCCGCCGGCAAAGAGGUUCCAUGGGUACAACAGAGACACCACUGACGGCGGCGGUACUUCCCUGUCGUCGCCGUCCGAAAGGAAUAACCAGCUGGCGGCUGUUAGCGCCGCCGGUGCCGUCGAUAGUGGCGCCUGCAGCGGUGGCACUAAUGCCAUCGUUCCUACAUUUCUCAACCCGCUCGGCGGGCAAGGUGCGGCAACCUAUCACCACCACGCCAUUUUCGGCACACCAGUAACGCCGGAAGCUGCCGCGGCCGCCACCGCCACAUGCGGUUUCCAGCAUCCCUACCAGCUAUCCGACGUGAAUUGGAACCCGUGA